AUGUCCGCCGUACCCAAUCCUUCCCUCCCCGCCGACACGGCCAACCCGGUCGUGUCCGUUCCAGCAACCACCGAUGUCCCGACGACCGUAGCUCCUCCGGCAACAACUGAGGCAGCCACGACCGCCCCUCCUACUACGGAAGCCACCACGGCACCGACCACCGAGCCUACUACGGCCCCGACGACGGAACCCACGACGGCCCCGACGACGGCUCCCACUACCACCCCGCCCGCCGCCGAAACUCCUGUUACUACACCACCGGUCGAUGCUACCACCCAGCCGACGACGGCUCCAACGGUUCCCACGACGGCUCCGGUGGGUCAGGACACGAUCGUGAUCACUACCUCGGCCGAUGGUUCGACAAUCUUUCUGACAUCGACGUCGAUCGCGACGCCGACAACCGACGUGGCUGCGGCACCGGGGACCGCGACGCCUGUGGCAUCCUCGAGCACUUCAACGGGUGCCGAUGCGUCUAGCGCACCUAGUACCGGCGGCGGUGGAUCGAGUGGUGGAUUGACAGGCACGACCAAGAUUGUGGUUGCUGUCGUGGUACCGAUCAUCGGUGUCGCGCUGAUCGCGAUCGUCCUGCUGUUCCUGUGGAAGAAGCGCCGAAGGGAUAAGGAGAACUCGGAGAUGCGGAGGAAGGAGGUCGAGGAUUAUGGAUACAACCCUAAUUCUGCUCCGGCCGCCGCAGUGGGUGGCACGAGCAGCAAUGGCGACGAAUUGCCGUACGAGAUGGCCGAGAAUACGGUCGGAUACCGUGGGUGGGGCUCGACCAGGAAGGCUUCGAACAUGGGUUCUUCGAUGCCGUCAAGUGUUGGAACCGCUCAGCCCAUGUCGCCCGCGUUCCCCGAGGGCGUGCACCACCAGGACAACUACAAUGGAUUCCCAACAUCUCCCACGGCCUCGAACUAUCCUGUUGGCACGGCGCCCAGCGAUGGCGGAAUGUCGAAUGCGCCCCUGAUCACCACACCGCCCGGUUAUCGCCCGGAGUCAACCGACUCGAGCGUGGUCGCCGCGAUGACGGGACCGCAAACAGCGAACAACCCAGGAAUCCGCCGUGGAAUCUCGAACGCCUCCUCCAACUACUCUGUGCAAUCCGUCUCCGACCAAUCCGACGUCGGAAUGCCUCCUGGCCCAUACGAUUCGCACUACUACGGUGCCGAUGGAGCCUACGAGGAUCCGCACAAUUAUUCCGCGCGAUUCGAUAACGGCCAGGACUACACGCAGUAUCCCCCGGUCAUCAGGGAGGUGCAGGCUAGACGGAACACGCAGAUAGAGACUCCCACCAACACGCACUUCCCGCAGCAGGGAAACAGUGGAAUCGCGCAAAAUUUCUAG